AUGGAGAUCAAAAAGAAGACGUUACAUGGCCUUAAGAUUGCGCGAAAGGCGCCCAUUAUCUCACAUCUCCUAUUCGCGGACGAUAGUCUCCUCUUUGCUAGAGCUACUACUUCUGAAGCUGAUCGUAUUAUGCAGGUCCUUCGUUGUUACCAGGAUGCUUCCGGCCAAGUCGUUAAUCUCAGCAAGUCAGAGGUUUCGUUCAGCAAGAAUGUGAGCAAUGAAUCAAGGAAUUUGGUGAGCAGCAAGUUAGGUGUCCCGAGUGUGACCAACCACUCUAAAUACCUAGGAUUACCUGUGGUGUUCGGAAGGUCAAAGAAGGAUAUAUUUGCUAUGGUUGUGGAAAGAAUUUGGAAAAAGCUUAAAGGAUGGAAGGAGAAAUUCCUAUCGAGAGCGGGAAAGGAAACUUUAAUCAAGGCGGUGGCACAAGCAAUUCCAAGCUAUGUUAUGAGCUGUUAUAAGCUUCCUGAUGGUGUGUGUAAGGAGAUUGAAUCCAUGCUAGCUAAAUUCUGGUGGGGAUCCAACAAUGGUACAAAUAAGGUUCAUUGGAUGAGCUGGGACAGACUUUCAGUGGCAAAAGGUAUGGGAGGUAUGGGAUUCCGUGGCAUCAGCGAUUUCAACAUUAGUCUUCUGGGCAAACAAUUCUGGAGGUUGCUCAAAGGUGGGAAUUCACUGUUUGUUAAAGUCUUCAAAGGAAAAUACUUCCCUCGGGGUGAUCUUAUGGAGGCUACAUUGGGCUUCUCCCCCAGCUAUGCUUGGAGGAGCAUAUUAAGCGCCAAGGAAGCUGUCAGUAGAGGUUUCAGAUGGAGGAUUGGGAAUGGAUCCUUGGUGAGAGUUUGGCAGGACCCAUGGAUCCCCUCGAGCCCAACUUUCAAACCGUUAAUUCGGCACGGGAAUGUUGAUAAUUGUUUGCAGGUUUCUUCCCUUAUUGAUCAUGAUUUGGGCUGUUGGGAUAGACAAGCGCUGAAUGAAACAUUCGACCCUUAUGAUGCUCGCAGAAUUGCUAGCAUUCCUGUAUCUAGAAGGUGCUUGGAAGACAAGAGAGUUUGGCAUUUCGAGGCUGAUGGAGAGUAUUCGGUUAGAAGCGCAUACCAUUUGCUGGGAGGGGAUAGGAGACGAAAUGAGGCAAGUAAUUCAGGAGCCAGUAGGAGUGCUUUUUGGAAGAAUCUCUGGAAGGUACCUAUCCCGGCGAAAAUUCGCAAUUUCGUUUGGCGCCUAGCUAAAAACAUUAUCCCUACCAGAUGCAAUCUUCAAAAAAAAGGUAUUGUUCUUGACCCUACAUGUCCACUCUGUCAACUUGAUGCUGAAAGUUCCCAUCACUUAUUUCUGGAAUGCGAUUUCACGCGGAAAGCUGGCUUUUCUCCGCCACUGGGGUUCCGGCUGCCUAGCAAUCUGGACGUGAUUGAUUGGAUCGACAAGAUUCUGUGUGGGGGUGAUAUGCUGGUCAUGCAAUUGCAAUGCACCUUCCUAUGGAAAAUCUGGAACGCUCGCAAUAAUUGUGUGUUCAAUGGAAAGAGGGAGGACCCUGCCAGAGUAGCCUUUGAAACAGCUGAGGUUAUUAGGGAGUUCAACCAUGCCAACCCAGAAUUAGCCAGGAAGAAGAAGAUUUCGACGGCAGAUCAGAUUUCCAGUCCUGAGGUAGGAGUGUCCAUUGUUCAGGUUGAUGCAGGCUGCUAUGACAAUGGAACUAUGACCAUGGGAUGUGUGGUGAAAGUGGAGGGCAUGCGAGUGUCUUUGUCAGCUUGUAGGCGAGAGCAGUUGUUGGUGAACCCUACUGUUGCUGAAGCAAUGGCCAUAAGGUGGGCGCUUUCUCUGAUGCAAUCCAUUCAUCUUGACAAUGCGGUGCUCCAAUCCGAUGCUCUUAGUGUUAUUGAUAGCAUUUGGGGACUGUCUUACAUUGCUGAUUUGGAGCCAAUUGUGGCUGAUUGUAAACAUUUACUUGCUUGUUUUAGGAAUGUUACUGUCUCUUUUGUAGGUAAAAGUGGUAAUGUUGAUGCUCACCAUAUGGUGGGCGUUGGCAGAACUUUAGGUAACAAAACUUGGAUUGGGUGUAUCCCUACCGUGGCCUCUGGUCCCUCUUGUAAUCGUUCGGUGGUUGUGCCGGUUUCGUAA